GUUGACCAAGAGGAUGAGUAUCACAGGUGCCUUGCACACGAUGCGUCAGUAAGCAGCUGGUCUGCCAACCGCGCUCUGCUCGGCGAGCCAUGCAACGCCCGGCCGAACUCCAAUUACGAAGGCUACGGCCCGACGACGUCCCACGGGGAGAAGAGCAGCAGACUGCCCUGGAAACAACGAAACAGAACCUAGUAGGGCCUGAUAGCACAGCAAUAGUAGGGUCCGACAUGGAGACCGGCAGUCCGGACGGCUUGUUACGCCUUCAAGCAGCCAGUGUCCCUUACCCCAGCACCGAGGAGACGACGCACUUGUCCACCGAGUGGCUACAGCAGAUUACUCCAGAGUCAUCGUUACAUAUGCCCUUGGCCAUGGUCCUGGAUGAGGACGCCCCGCAUCAGUCCACACCCGACCUCGACCUCAUCAGCGAGCUCAUCAGCUAUUCCACAAGCGAUGUCCUGUGGGAAUCAUACCUGGAGCCCAUGACCGUCCCUCCGCUGAGUCACUCUCCGCGCAAAUCCUCGAGUUGCGGGCGCAACAGCCCCCUUGUCUCUCUAUGUCCAGGGCAGCCACGGCAUUGGGGGGAAGAUUGGAGCAGCCAGAUGCGCCUCAGCCUGCAGCAAUUCGAGCAGACGCUCAAUUCGCGAGAGCCGUGGAAUACCGGCAGCACCGAGUCCAGUGCCUCCUCGAUCGCCACACCACCGGCCGUAGACCCUAUCACGGACACCACCCGCGACAACCUCCUGGUGGUGACCCAACUACUACUGAUGCAGACCCGCAACGUCCACUCGCGGGAACACAGCAGCCACGGCCGGAGACUCAGUCCACUCAACCUCACCAUCGUGACCCUACCUCCAGCCAAGGCGCUGGAUGACCUCUUACGAGCCCAGGUCUCCUGCUUCGAGCAGUACUUUGGCCUGUCGAGCGGGGAGGUGCAAGACCCAAACACGCUCAUGAAUGAUCUUCCGCACGACGUCAAGGCCGCCGGCAUCAUGCUUCUGCUGAUGAUUGCGAUCGGGGCUACGGCCUCUCCAGCCCCAGAAUUGCAUAUUUUCGCGACCGGGUUGACGGAGACGUGUCGCACUGCACUGUCCGAUAUGAUGGAAGGAGACAUGGCCAGCACGAGACCGGAUAUCGUGUCUCAUUGCGCUCUUUUGCUGCUUUAUCUGGGGAUGUGGUCUGGUGAGCGAUGGCUCAUGCGGGUGAGUCCGACGAUAUGUCGCAUGAUUUUGCCUUUUCAUGUCGCCAUCUCAUCUGCUAACCUGCCUUUCCACUGGCCACAGACCUCUUGCGCUCACCGGCAGAUGUACACUCAGUUACUACACCGAAAGCCUCCUUCCCUUGACAACGGCGACACUCCUAGCCUUCUUAGCAGCAGUCUAGGGCUCAACCAACAAUGGGCGCAAUGGAAGGAGGAGGAGAUGAACUCGCGACUCACGUACGCGUGGGUGAUAGCAGAUCAAGAAUGGAGCCUGUUCUACGACACUCCACUCAGCUUCUCCGUGGACACGCUGACCGAGUCACUACCCGCCGACGACCGACUGUGGAAGGCGGGCUCCGAGAGUGACUGGGCACGUCUCGCGCCCGAGGCCUUCGCCACCCAACCCCCGAUCUGCCUGCGCGACCUGUAUACCUGCUUCAUGAACGGCGAGCUGCGCCCCGGACGAGGCACGCGGCUGCCCCUGCAAUAUCUGCGUCUGCUGCUCGUCCCCCUACACGGGAUGGUCUGCCACCUGCGCCAGUGGCUGCAGUCCUUCCCCAACUGCCCGGUGCGCUGGCGCAAAAGCACCCAGGGCCUGUCCAACCCGGCCAUCCACGCCCAGCUCGACCAGGUGCAGGCCCUGCUGCCCGAAUGGUUCAACCUGGCCGUGCACUCGGCCAACACCAACUCGCCGGCCGGCCUAGCCAUGCUGGUCAUGUACCACCUGAUCGCGCUGAACGCGAUGGCGAGCUUCCCCAGCAUCGAGGCCGCGCUGCUGCGCGGGCCCCCCGCGCGCCCCGAGGCCCCCAACCCGCGGGGAUCCGGCCCGUGUCCGCUGGGCGCCUGUCCGGCGACCAUCGCCCACGACAGCGAGGAGGAGGCGCUCGUCCACUGCGGCCAGAUCCUGCGCCUGGUGCGCCUGAUGCCCCCCGCGGACCAGCCGCUCUGGUGGUCCGCCGUGGUGUACCGCGUUGCGCUGAUCACCAUGUUCCUGUCGAUGAAGCGCCACCCGCACGACUGGCUGCCGGCGCUCAUGCUGGGCCCCGUCGAGGCCGCCAGCCUGGCCUCUUCGUCGGCCACCAGCAGCUCCAGCGGCACCAGCUCCAGCAGCAUCAUCUCCAUGAUGAGCAGCUCCGCUUCUGCUUCUGUCAGCGACCGCGGCGCCACCGUGCCCCCGCAGCUGCGGUCCGUCGUCCUGAACGACGUCCCCGCCGACCACCCUGCCCUGCUGAACUUCAUCAAGUACAAGGAGGGCGAGCCCGUCCUCGCCGACCGCGACGGCCAGCUGGUCGAGUUGCGGCGCCCCCGCGAGGUCCUGCGGCUGUUCAUCGACCUCGCCGACGUGCAGUACCGGCCUGUGCUCCGGGCCACGCGGUUCCAGGCUAGCGUCAAGGACUCCUUAGAGCAGUUGGCUGACCUGUGGGGGUAUUUGUCUCCGGCUUGAGGGGCUGUUAGGGAAAGAGAGGGUUGGGGUUGAGUCCCUUGGGGAGCGGGAGGUAAAGAACAAGGUGCGAAGGGAUGUUGUCUUCUUCGAAAUAGAUACCAUAG